CGUCUGUGCACUGCAAAAUUUAAAUCGUAAAUAUUCAAGAGCUCGUCAAAAUUCAGUCAAGUUGUCAACAGCCAUUUGCAGCCAAAUGUAAUAACAAAACGGGAAAAAAUUCUUGAAUAAGCCCAAAAUUAAGGGCACUUUCUGUGUUUCAUGAGAUAUCUGCUUUUCAUAUCCGUCCGACUUGGUCAUCAUACCCGAAAAACUUUGUUAAAAUUAGAAAAAUGUCGGAACUAUGCGUUCAGAGACGAAAAUCUGUAUUUUGUGAAUGUAAUCGGAUCGACGAUAAUUUCAGCGUUAGGUGACUUUCUCUGUCAGUCAAGUGCGAGGGCCUUAAAUUCUAAAAUUGAAUAUGAUACCCGCCGAACUGCAAGAAUGGCAAUUUCCGAUGGAUACUUUGGGGGCACUUUCAGUCACUUUGCCUACGAGGGUUUCGAUAUAUAUUGGCCAGAGCGGAGUUUGCGAUCGACUAUUAAGAAGCUGGCAGCAGACCAAAUUAUUGUAGCACCGAUCGGGUUGUUGAUCUUCCAGGUUGCGGUUGGAUACAUGUCGGCUGAAUCAUUUGAAGAAAUCGUUCAGAACAUCAAGGAUAGUAUGCUGAGCUUGUACAAGAUAUCGAAUGAUGUUUGUACUUGCAUUUUCUACACUCGAAGCCGCGUGUUUUUCAAGGAUGAUGUUCGGAAUCCAUUAGAAGUGAAGACUUCUCUCAACUGGUGCUAAUGCGAUAAGUCAGUCGAGACGGAUAUCGCAAGUAGAACAACUUUAUCAAAGCAUUAUUCAUUCGUAACAAGGAACAAAGCUAGGUUUCUUUUAAAGAUGCAUUUAUUAAUCAUGAUCGUAUAAACAUUUGAAAUAAACUCAACAAAAUAUUGAAACAAAGUUAA